AUGACCCAGGGACACAUUUACAGGUACAAAGUUGUAACAACACGUCAGCAGUAUGCUAGUUUGUUGGAACUAAUAAAGGAGAAGCCAGAAAUUGCUCAGGGGUUCUCCAAAUGCUCGAAGGAAGAGGUAGCCGAGUUUUGGCAAAAUGUUGCGAAGCAGCUUAAUAGUAUAGGCCUACCGACCAAAGAUGUAUCAAGCUGGAAAAAGGUGUGGUUAGAUUGGAAGGCUUAUAUAAAGCGAAAAUUGUCAGAAAACAAGAGGGAGCAAACAACAACUGGCGGUGGCCGCUAUAAGCAGCACCACUUUAAUGAGAUGGAAGAAGAAGUAAUCAGACUGACCGCUUUAGAGACCAGCACACACGGUAUCCCAGGCACAGUAAGUGUGGGACUACCUGCUACUGUCGAGGCAGAGAAUAGUGGACCCGAUCCGGACGUAUCCAUGCUGUCGGAUAACUGCAGUCCUUCUUUCACGAGACGUGCACCAACUGUCCAAAAGCGAGUCGGUACAAGUACUGCAGAUCUUCUAAAAGAGCAGCUAGCGCUUCAAAAGGACUUCCAAGCAAAGAGUCUGCAGCAUUUUGAACAGCAAGAUAUGAAGCUAGACAAUCUCGCUUCGACUAUGCAGAGAAUGUGUUCGGCACUGGAAAAAAUGUGCGACCUGAAAGCCGCCGACCUGGAAGAAACGCGUAGGCACCAUAGAAAUAUGGAGUGCUUGAAUGCGGCCAAAAAUGAAAUAAAACAACAAAUGUUAGAAGUCGAGAAUAAGAGCCUCGAAGCCGUUUGUAUUGUCAAAACUGAACGUCGUUGCUUUACGGCGGCUUCACAAUAA